AUGUUAAGGGUAAAUACAUGAGUGAGCCAUUAGGGGUGUGUUCUCGUAAUCCCAUCAAUGCAACCGCCCUAGCAACGAAUGCUUACCAUCAUGGAGAUUAAAAGGUGUAAAAGAAGAUCCUGCCUUCAUUAAGGAAUUGCUAGGCUGGCCCAGAACCAGAUUAGUGCUUCAUGUGAAGGACUAACGAUGCCUUAUGCGUGAGGAGAAUGGGAGGAAGCGGGUCCAAAGCCAAAGGCGCUUGGCCUUUCUCGGGCAGCGGGGCGGGAGGUGACUCUGUCGCUAAUGGCAACGAACAGUCCGUGGCCCGCCUCAAAAGUCCCAGAAACGCAACACCCUUUGUUUUUACUAGGAGGAGCUCACUGUACUACGACGAGGAUGGGGACCUUGCCCAUGAAUUCUACGAGGAGACGGUGGUGACAAAAAACGGUCGAAAAAAGUCCAAGUUGAAGAGGAUUCAAAAGAAUCUGAUUCCACAGGGGAUUGUGAAGCUGCAGCAUCCCUGUAUUCACGUGGACUUCCCCAUCGUCCUCUGUGAGGUGUAAUUAUUUUUUUUCAUAUGGACAACUGGCGCAAAUUAUUCCCCUUGAACUAAAAGCGGUCUGACCCGAAUGAGUCUGUGGGUUCAAACAUGAACGGCCAGCUGCAGAAAGAAAAACUCCAUUGCAAAGUGACAUAUCGGUGUUUUGUCAUUUACACACAGGUAGUACAGAUUUCUGUAACGUGUUCUCUGCCUAGAUGAUACAGUAUGUAAGCAGACUUUAAAGGGGACAUAUUAUGGAAAAUUGAUUUUUGAAUGGCCGGUAUACACAACGUUGAAGCGCUGGAGUACUUGUCUAAGCCAAAAGCUAAGACAAGGUUCUCUGUUAGCAGACUGCAAUUUGGCUUCUUCAUAAAGUUCUGCCUCCAGAAGUGAAAAUACAAAAUCUCAGUGGACACUGGCUUUAUUUUCAUUCACACUUACCUCGUCGCAACUCCUAUGCUCUGCCCCGGUCGUCAUCGUGCCGAAAGCCGUUCUCGGCACUGAUCCCACAGUCGAAGGGGCCUGGGGUGAGCAGUGGCUCGUUUGCAUUAGA